AGCAGCACUAUCUGACGGAGCUGCAGAAGCUGGGCCUGCUCUCCUACACCCCCUCCAGGGAGGUGCAGGGCAAGAGGAUCAGCUCGUAUGACGACAGACUCAUGCUGCAGCUCGCGCAAAAGACGGACGGAGUGAUCGUAACCAACGACAACCUGAGAGACCUCUCUGACGAGACCCCCGUGUGGAGGGACAUCAUCAAAAAGAGACUUCUUCAGUACACGUUUGUGGGCGAUCACUUCAUGGUGCCGGACGACCCCCUGGGGAGAGGAGGGCCUCACCUGGACGACUUCCUCCGCUCGGAGCACAGGACUCCGGACCCAGGAAACCACUCUUUUGCCGGCGUAGCGUCCACUUUCCCUUCCUCCAAAGCUCCACGAUCACAAACAGAGGUUCUGAACUUCCGCGACCGAACACCGGUCGGGGGUGUGAAUCCGGCGGGCAGGGGGGGCCGGGGGAAAGGGAGGGGGCCCGGCAAGGGGUGGGACACGGGACAUCUGCUCAAGCAGCAAGGAGCUGCAGGUUCUGGACUCAUGCUCCGAGCUGACAGGAGUCCAGAGGACACGGCGAACAUGAGGGAGCAGCUCUGUCAGGUUUUCCCAGGUCAGGACAACAUCGUGAUGCUGGUGCUGCAGCUUCACCCGACGGAGACGGACAUCAACGUGCUCUCCGACCUGAUCCUGCAGCAGCAGGACUAGUUUUUGUCCAGACAUUUUCCUGUAGUUUGUGUUUGUGAAGCAGCAGCAGCAGAUUGUUUCGACUCGUUCGCAACAACAGGAACACGUGGGGGAUAUUCAGGAGCCCUCAUGUACACGACCACUCGCUCGCCGGGACGUGUCCAGAUGUUCUCCUGCUGUUUUCUCUCCUGGACUCACUCCGGUGCUCGUCUGAGCUGGAGUUUAAGUGUUAAUGUAAAGUUUUCUCAACCUGAGUUUUCACUUUUCCGGUAACUUUGGUUUUAAUUAGUUAUUAAACAGACUCUGUUUUUAAGUGAUGUGAUCAGAGCAGGAGAUGAAGUGCAGGCGUUUGUAUUCGGGACAUUUUUUCUAGAUUUUUGCACAGUGGGAGGAAGUGGAGACGCGUCGUCCAUCUUUAUUUAAAGUCUCUAACCUCCCGCAGCUCGUAUUUAAUGACGUAACCGAUGUGUAAUGACACCAAUCAUCUUCCUCAGGGUUGUCGUGACGAUGUGAGGUCACCGGGGUUUCCGCCGACGUGUCGAAUCUUUUUCUCUCUUUUGUUUUCAGUGUCGUUAACUUCAGCACUUUCUCUUUUGUUCGUGGAGUUUGAAGAAAUUAUUAUAACGUGUGACAUUUUUUAACAGAUGAUUUUUAUAUAUUAACAAAAAGAGCAAUAUAUUAAACGAACAAUUUGUCAUCCUGAAUUUGUUUUAAUCCUUUGAUAUUAGGACAUUUUGCAGAGCAUCAGGUGUCAGAGGCUCCUGAGAGGAUGCGGAGAAGAAAUAAUACUAAAGCAGCGAUUACGACAAUCUACCAUCAAUUUUAUAUUUUAAUUUAUUUGAAGCAGGUCCGAUGUCGUUACUGUCGAUCGGAGGAUGAAUCCGAUGUUUUUACUGUGUGGAAGAGGCUGGGGUCUUUCUUUAAUCCCUAAGAAAACAUAAGGUUUGAUUUAAACAUUGUUUUUCUGACUUUAAAAAAAAGAUUGUGUAUAUAAAUUUACGUUUUUUGGUUUAGUUUAAAUUAUAUUUUGACAAUUACAGAUUUUUUUCCAUUAGUAGAAAACGACCUAUCCGGGUGUUAUUUGAUUAACAGUGUCAUUAUAAAAUAAAAGUAUCUGGUAACUCU